GUUCACCUGUACUAGAAUACAUAUAAACCUUCCGAUCCCAAAAACGGUGUCGUAUUUGCCUUCACUCCUCCUUCUUACUCUUCUCAUUCUUUGAAAUGCAUGUGAGUGCGUUAAUGGUUUUUUUUUUAGGGUUUGAGAUCUCGAAUUUUAGCUAUGGCUAUGGAAGAACGAAACGCACAGACUGUGCUAUACGAGACACGUCAUCACGCUUCUAAACCCUACACUCCCAAUUACCCUCCUCAACAGGCAAAUGAAGCUGAGAGAGGAAGCUUCCUGUCCUUGCUUUCUUCACGAGGUCUGAGUCAACUCAGAGACAAAUGGAGUGAAUACAAGCAACCGAGAACAUUGAAAAAAAUGAUAUCCUUGUUUAUCUCUCGAAGAGGUGAACGUGUGGCUGUGGCUUCUGGAAAUCAGAUAACAAUUCUGCAGAAGGAUGAUGACUACCUGGAACCCUGUGGAACUUUUACUAGUGGAAGCCUUGCUACAUUCACUACAGGAACUUGGUCUGAGUGUCAUGAUGUUCUUGGAGUUGCUGAUGAUACUGGUACACUAUAUUUUAUUAAAGUGAAUGGUGAAGAGAUAACAAGAAUUACAAGGAAGCAUUUGAAAAUCUCUGUACCAAUAGUAGGCCUGAUUGCACAGAAUGAUUCUGACGAACAGAGAUCUUUCUUGUGCAGCUUCAUUAUUGUUACAUCAGAUGGUUCCUUACAGCAUAUUGAGAUCAGUCAGGCGCCAAGUGCCUCAAUAUCCUCUGCUCUCACCUCAGAUAGUGGCUUAACACCUACGAAGCAGUUUAACAAUGUUUUCUGCUUUGACUACAAUCCAGAACUUUCAUUGCUGGUUGUUGUUGGCGGUUCUGUCAGCGGCUCACUAACCUCUGGUGGGAACUUUGGACCCUGUAAUAUUUCUCUUUGGCGUAGAAGUAAACUCCUGGAUAUGGAGCAACUGUUCUCUACUCAGUUUGAGGGCUUGUAUUCUAAAUCAAAUGGUUCUGUGGGUCAGCUAUCAUAUCCAAAGGUGCUAAUCUCACCGCAGGUCAACUUUGUUGCUACAUCAGAUGUUAGAGGAUGCUUGCAAAUUUUCAAGCUGGAUAAAGAAUGCUUUUCACUUUCAAGUUUUGCUUGCAGAGGGAUAAACGACUUGCAAGUGACCAAUAGUUUGUCAAAUGGAGGCGGGGACUUUAUAAGUGAUAUUGUGGACUUUACUUGGUGGUCUGACCAUAUCAUUGCUUUUGUAAAACGGAGUGGUAUUGUCACCAUGCUUGAUAUCCUAAGUGGUUCAAAAGUUCAGCAGGAUGAUGCUGUAUAUUCCAUGCCUGUUCUAGAAAUGGUACAGCAGUUUCCAGGACACAUAUUUCUUUUGGAGACUAAACCAUCUGAAGACAGAUACAAGGCAUCAAAUUUUGGGGAAACAGAUGGCUUGCAUCAUGUGGAGCUGAUUACUGAAGAUAGAUAUAAUCAAUUUGAUAUUUCUAGGUUGCGAUGGAGUUUGAUAUCAUUUUCUGAGAGAUCUGUUCCUGAAAUGUACAAUAUCUUAAUUAGCAAGCAAAAGUAUGAGGCUGCCUUGGACUUUGCUGGUUGUUAUGGGAUGGAUAAAGAUGAAGUUUUAAAGUCGCAGUGGCUGCAUUCCAGCCUAGGCAUUAAUGACAUAAAUAAGUUUUUGUCUAAUAUUAAGGAUCAAGCUUUUGUAAUUUCUCAAUGUCUAGAUAAAGUUGGACCUACAGAAGAUGCUGUGAAGGCUUUGCUUGCAUACGGGCUGCGCCUAACUAACCAAUAUAGGUUUUCGGAACCAGAAGAUCAUGAAAGUAGCCAGAUUUGGGAUUUCCGCAUGGCUAGACUUCAAUUACUGCAAUUCAGAGACAGGCUGGAAACCUAUCUAGGGAUUAAUAUGGGCAGGUUUUCUGUGCAGGAGUACCAUGAAUUUCGUGUUAUGCCUAUUAAUGAAGCCGCUGUUACACUUGCUGGAAGUGGCAAAAUUGGGGCCUUGAACCUCCUAUUCAAGCGUCAUCCUUUUUCUCUGACUCCUUUCAUGAUGGAGGUUUUAGGUGCUAUACCUGAAACACUUCCUGUACAAACAUAUGGGCAGCUUCUUCCUGGGAAGUCUCCUCCUACCAAUGUUGCUGUGAGGGAAGAAGAUUGGGUUGAAUGUGAGAAGAUGGUAAGCUUUAUAAGCAGAUUGCCCCAAAAUAAUGAGAUUGGUAUCCAGAUCAGAACGGAACCCAUGGUUAAGCGGUGCCAAGGAUAUGUUUGGCCAUCAACUUCCGAACUUUCAAGAUGGUACAAGAAUAGAGCUAGAGACAUUGAUAGCUUUACUGGGCAGCUAGAUAAUUGCCUCUACUUGCUUGACUUUGCUUAUCACAGAGGUAUCAGUGAAUUGCAGCAAUUCCUUGAGGAUGUCUCAUACUUGCACCAUCUUAUAUAUUCUGACGACAGUGAUGGUGACACGAGUAUCAGUAUAAGUCUUGUUGAGUGGGAGCAAUUAUCUGACUAUGAUAAAUUCAGAAUGAUGCUCAAUGGUGUCAAAGAGGAGAAUGUGGUUAAACGAUUACGUGAUAAAGCAAUUCCAUUCAUGCAAAAUAGGUUUAAGAAUGAAGCCUCAGUUUCUCUAGGUCAGGUGCCAGAUUACCAUCUUUCUGCAGAUUCCAAAAAUGAUGAGUCAUUUCUGGUAAGAUGGAUGAAGGAAAUUGCAUUGGAGAAUAAGUUGGACAUAUGCUUGAUGGUAAUUGAGGAAGCAUGCAGAGACAUGGUAGUUGAGGAAGGAUGGACAGACUUCCAGAGUAAUGUUUUUUUCAAGGAUGAGGUUGAAGCUGUGGAUUGUGCCCUACAGUGCAUAUAUAUGUGCACAGUAACAGAUAAGUGGAGUACCAUGGCAGCCAUAUUGUCAAAGCUUCCACAAAUACAAGAUACUGAAACACGUGUUAAGGGCCUCAAGAGAAGACUCAAAUUGGCAGAAGGCCAUAUUGAAGUAGGGAGGCUUUUGGAAUUUUACCAGGUCCCAAAGGCAAUGAAUUUCUUCCUAGAGGCUCAUUCAGAUGGAAAAGGUGUAAAGCAGAUUCUGCGCCUGAUACUCUCAAAAUUUGUUCGUCGACAGCCUAGUCGUUCUGAUAAUGAUUGGGCAAACAUGUGGCGUGAUAUGCAGUGUUUGAGAGAAAAGGCAUUUCCUUUUCUGGACCUAGAGUAUAUGUUGAUGGAAUUCUGCAGAGGACUGCUGAAAGCUGGGAAAUUUUCUCUCGCAAGGAAUUAUUUAAAAGGUACAAGUUCAGUUGCUUUGGCAUCGGAGAAAGCAGAAAAUCUUGUCAUUCAAGCUGCAAGGGAAUAUUUUUUCUCGGCUUCAAGUCUUGCUUGUCCUGAAAUCUGGAAGGCUAGGGAAUGUCUGAAUUUAUAUCCAAGUAGUGGAAAUGUGAAAGCAGAAGCAGAUGUUAUUGAUGCACUUACGGUCAAACUUCCAAACCUUGGAGUGACAGUUCUACCCAUGCAAUUCAGGCAAAUAAAAGAUCCAAUGGAGAUUGUUAAAAUGGCAAUCACAAGUCAAAGUGGUGCUUAUUUACAUGUUGAUGAACUCAUUGAGGUUGCCAAGCUUCUUGGAUUAAGCUCUCCAGAGGACAUAUCAGCCGUUGAGGAAGCUAUUGCUAGAGAAGCUGCAGUUGCAGGUGAUCUGCAACUAGCAUUUGAUCUCUGCCUUGUUCUGGCUAAAAAAGGACAUGGUCUCAUUUGGGACUUAUGUGCUGCAAUAGCAAGGGGUCCUGCACUUGAAAACAUGGAUAUAAGUUCUCGAAAGCAGCUACUAGGUUUUGCUUUGAGCCAUUGUGACGAGGAAUCCAUAGGUGAAUUGCUCCAUGCAUGGAAAGAUCUAGAUAUGCAAGGCCAGUGUGAGACAUUAAUGAUGUUGACUGGAACAACUUCUCCCAAGUUUUCAGUUCAGGGUUCCUCAAUUAUCUCACAUCCAUCCCACAGUAUUCAAGAUAUUGUUCACCUGAAAGAUUGCUUUGAACAGGUUCGAGGGAUUGGUAGUGAUGAUCAAGAAGUUCAUUUUGAUAAGAUAAAAAAUAUACUUUCUGCUGUUGCUAAAAACUUGCCCAUCGAGAAUGGGAACAAUUGGGACUCUGUUCUGAGAGAAAAUGGAAAACUUCUGUCUUUUUCUGCUUUGCAACUUCCAUGGUUGCUUGAAUUGAGUAGGAGAGCAGAACAUGGUAAUAAAUUGAUUUCUGGCUCAAUUCCUGGAAAGCAGUAUGUUAGCGUAAGAACACAGGCUUUGGUGACUAUUCUGUCCUGGUUGGCGAGAAAUGGUUUUGCCCCUAGAGACAAUCUGAUUGCUUCUCUGGCAAAAUCAAUUAUUGAACCUCCUGCUACUGAAGAGGAAGACAUAAUGGGAUGCUCUUUUCUCUUAAAUCUUGUGGAUGCAUUUACUGGCGUUGAAGUUAUAGAGGAGCAGCUGAGAACAAGAGAGGAUUACCAAGAACGUUGCAGCAUCAUGAAUGUGGGAAUGACAUAUGGUUUAUUACACAAUUCAGGCCUUGAGUGUGAGGGGCCUGCGAAGAAGAGGGAGCUGCUACUGUGGAAGUUUAAAGAAAACCACACACCACGUAGUUCUGAUGAAAUAGAAAGGAUUGAUAAAGUGCAGUCCACAUUUUGGGGAGAAUGGAAAAUAAAAUUAGAACAACAAAAGCAUGUAGCAGAUCGUUCUAGGGCAUUAGAGAAAGUAAUUCCUGGGGUUGAAACUGAACGCUUUUUGUCUGGGGAUGUCAAAUAUAUUGAGGGUGUUAUUGCCUCCCUAAUUGAAUCAGUAAAGUUGGAGAAGAAGAACAUUUUGAGGGAUGUUUUAAAAAUAGCUAAUAUCUAUGGCUUGAGUUGUACUGAGGUGCUACUGCAAUGGCUAAGCUCUGUCCUUGUUUCCGAGGUUUGGACAAAUGAUGAUAUUAUGGCUGAAAUUGCAGAAUUUAAAGGAGAAAUAAUAGAUCAUGCUGUAGAAACAAUCAAAACAAUUUCCUUGAUUGUGUACCCUGCAAUUGAUGGGUGUAACAAGUUGAGGCUUGCUUAUGUAUACAGCCUGCUCUCUGACUGCUACUUGCAGCUGGAAGAAACCAAAGCUUCAUUACCGAUGAUACAAACACAUGAAGCAAAUAUAUCUAGCAUUGGGUUUGCUCAUUUCUACAAGGUCAUUGAGCAAGAAUGCAAAAGGGUUUCCUUCAUUAAGAACUUGAACUUUAAAAAUAUUGCUGGACUAGGUGGUGUGAACUUGGAGUGCCUCAGCUCUGAAGUCUACACACACAUUGAAGAAAGUAGUUUGGAAGCUCUGGCAAAAAUGGUACAGACCCUUGGCAGUAUCUAUACUGAUCCUGUUCCGGAGGGUCUCAUAUCAUGGCAGGAUGUCUAUAAACAUCAUGUCCUGAGUUUGUUGACAGCUUUGGAGACUAGUGCUAUGACUGAUUUUAAAAUUAAAAGCCCUGAAAACCUUCAGGGCUUUGUAAGUCAACUUGAGCAGAGUUAUGAUUUCUGCAGAAUGUAUGUCAAACUCCUGGUUCCUUCAGAUGCUUUGGACGUUAUGAAACGGUACUUCAGAAUAAUCACACCAAUUUAUUGUUCUUAUGGGAGUCUGCCAGAUGACUCAGCAUGGCAGGACUGCCUCAUCAUUCUUUUGAACUUUUGGAUUAGAUUGACUGAUGGAAUCAAGGAUAUUGAAUCCCAUGAGAGUCCAGGAAGAAAUAUCAUGUUCAAUCCGGAAUGCAUAAUGAGUUGUCUAAGGGUUUUUAUGAGAUUGGUGAUGGAGGACAUUGUAUCACCAAGUCAGGGCUGGGGCACCAUUAUCAGCUAUAUCAAUUAUGGUUUAAUUGGUGAUUUUGCUGGUGAUAUAUUCAUUUUCUGCAGAGCCAUGGUUUUUUCUGGCUGUGGGUUUGGAUCUGUUGCUGAAGUGUUUUCUGAAGGCAUAUCACUGCAGCCGAGUGGUUCAGCAGAAACUGGUGACUCUGAAGGUUACGAUCUUCCCCAUCUGUAUUUAAACAUCUUGGAACCUAUUUUACAAGAUCUGGUCAAUGAAUCCCAUGAACAUCAGAAAUUGUUUCAUCUGUUAUCAUCUCUGGGUAAACUAGAAGGUAAUUUGGAGGACUUAAAGAGGAUUAGGUGUGUAGUUUGGGAAAGGAUGGCCAGGUUUUCUGAUAAUCUGCAGCUGCCGAGUUCCGUUCGAGUUUAUGUUCUAGAGCUUAUGCAAUUCAUCUCGGGUAGAAGUAUCAAGGGUUUCUCUCCUGAGAUUCAAUCCAGCGUUCUACCAUGGGAAGGGUGGGAUGAGUUGCAAUUUACUGGUAAGAAUUUUGAGACUACUGCUGAUCAGGGGUUGUCAGAUCCGAAGGAUACUUCUAGCAGGUUUGCGAGUACUUUGGUUGCCCUCAAAUCAUCUCAGCUUGCGGCCACCAUCUCCCCCAGCAUUGAAAUUACCCCUGAUGAUCUCUCGAAUGUGGAGACUGCAGUUUCUUGCUUCUUAAAGUUGUGUGGAGCUGCUACUACACGUUCCCAUAUUGAUGCUUUGCUUGCCAUUUUGGGAGAGUGGGAGGGGCUUUUUAUCAUUGGUGGAGAUGAGGAAGCCUCUGCAGAAGCCCCUGAUGCAGGAAAUGACUGGAGCAGUGAUAACUGGGAUGAGGGAUGGGAAAGCUUUCAGGAAGUAGAGCCUCUUGAGAAUGAGAAGAAAAAAGAUUCUCUAUCUAUUCACCCUUUUCAUGCCUGUUGGCUGGAGACUUUCAAGAAACUUGUAAUGCUGUCCCAGCUGAGAGAUCUGUUAAUGCUGAUUGACCAGUCCCUAUCAAAAUCUAAUGGAUUAGUGCUUGAUGAAGAUGGUGCCAGGAGCUUGACCCAGAUUCUACUUGGGAUAGAUUGUUUUGUGGCUUUAAAGAUGGUGCUGUUAUUGCCUUAUGAAGCAUUACAGUUUCAGUGCUUAGGAGAAGUUGAGGACAAACUGAAACAAGGAGGCAUCUCAGACACAAUUGGCAGAGACCAUGAGUUUUUAUUGCUUGUAUUGUCUUCGGGGAUCACAUCAACUAUCAUUUCCAAAUCUUCUUAUGGUACCACUUUCUCAUAUCUGUGCUAUGUGGUUGGGAAUUUAUCUCGCAAAUGUCAAGAAGCCCAGUUGUUGAAGCUUACACAGAAAGGGUCGAAUGAAGGCAAGGGCAAUGAAGGAGACAACUCAUUACUUUUUAGAAAAAUUGUUUUUCCUGCUUUCAUAUCAGAGCUUGUGAAGGCAGGUCAGCAUAUUCUAGCAGGAUUUCUUGUCACAAAAUAUAUGCACACGAAUGCAUCACUCAGUCUCAUUAACAUUGCUGAGACCGGUCUUAGUAGGUUUUUAGAGAGGCAGCUCCCUGUAUUAGAGCAUGAAGAGUUCACUCUUGAGAAGUCACAUGAACCAUUAAAGAAUACCAUUUGCAGUUUGAGAGGCAAGUUAGGAAGUCUGAUCCAAUCCGCGUUGUCUUUGCUAUCUCAUAAAGUUUGAUGAGAAUGCUUGGUGGGUUUUUAUUUCUUUAAUUAUUUUUUUUAUACAUUUUUCUAUAGCAAUGCAAUUGUAUUAGGAGUAGUUGUAUAAAACUGUCAUCGAGACUUUCUGUUCAGUUUGGGGAGAGAGAGGGUUUAGUGAAACAAAUGACUGUAUAGUAGACACUUGAAUCUUGAUUUUACAGCAAUAUAUGUGUUUUACGUGGGUCAAAGCAACCCACAUGGAAAUCAACUUUUUGUUGCUGUGUAGGUCUUGUAAACUUGUGGAUAAUCUUACAGAGUUCAUGUGAAAUGUAUGUGGACUCAAAUCUA